GAGGAGGUUAUUGGCAGUCCAGCUACAUUUUCGCCUUCUAAAUUGAACCUCGCUACUUGUCUACGUCAUCGAACCCCUAUCGCACCCUCUAUAACACUUUUUCCCAAUGAACUCAUCGCCCGGCCGCCACUGACUCUAGGCCUGGUCGAAUUUCACGCUGUUGCACAGCAAGUAGCCUUCGUCGCUAAAUUGAUGACAAAGGUGACUGGCAUACGUCGUCAACAUUCAAACCCCCGGAAAAACGAAACCGUCUUUAGGGAAGCUAUGCCGAAUGCAAACUACUCCCACCUAGACAAUGAAUACAUGGAAAAGGAUAGACAUGGAAAGGAAAAUUACGACAUUUUAAACAAAGGAAGUCAGGACAACAGCUUGAAACAGGUUAAAAAGAUGGCUGACUUUCGACAAAACGACCCACGGCCUCCGAAACGAGUAGAAGAAAAAGUCUCCGGAGGUCGUACCCUAAAAUGGCCAAAUAUAGCCUUUGUGACGUCAGGUGAAUCCAGGGAAAACGCCGGCUACAUCCUAUUUGAGAUGCCUAGUUGGAUUUGUAGCCAGGUAAUUAUUGUUAGUAGGAAGAGAUUUUAUUUCUCCAGGUCUCACUUAGUAACCAUCAGCACAAUACAUAAGCAAAUUGCAUCAGAUACUUCCUCUGAUAGCUGUGAAUAA